UUAUGUUCAUAGAGUUUUCUUGUGCUGUUAAUGCGAUAUAGCUUCUCAAGUUCUCGUUUUCCAAUAGGAAUUAUAAAAUUACUGGUAUUCUGGUAACAAUUAAUUCGAAAGGACAAAUCUUCUGGUUUUCCACAAAUAACAAAUGAAAUAUUCUGGAAAUGGCAGAGGAACAGGAAAUUCGACAGCUAGAGCUACUUUGUAAACAACUUUAUGAAUCCCAAGACUCCACGAUAAGAUCAGAUGCAGAAAAAGCCCUUUUAGUUUUUCAAGACGGUCCCAACACUCUGGGGAGAUGUCAGAUACUUUUAGAUAGGGGCGAUUCAAGUUACGCCCAACUAUUGGCAGCAACAACCUUGACCAAGUUGGUUUCGAGGAGCUCUCAAGUGUUGAGCUUACAGCAGAGGGUGGACAUAAGAAAUUACGUCCUCAAUUACCUUGCAACCAGACCCAAGUUGACCAGUUUUGUGGUGCAAGCUCUCGUGACUCUAUUCGCGAGGAUUACAAAACUUGGUUGGUUCGACAGUCACAAGGAUGAGUUUAUAUUUAGAAAUGUAGUGAAUGAUAUCACUAAAUUCUUACAGGGCUCUGUGGAACAUUGUAUGAUUGGUGUCCAACUCUUGUCUCAGUUAACCUGCGAAAUGAACCAAAUAUCGGAAUUCGAAGCCAACAGAUCGGUGACCAAACACAGGAAGAUAGCCUCGUCGUUCAGGGAUACCCAACUGUUUGAAAUAUUCCGGCUAUCCUGCACCUUACUGGGUAACGCCAGAGAGAACUGCAAGAAUCUAAACUUCAACGACGAGAGCCAACACGGUCUGAUGACGCAACUACUCAGAUUGGCCCAGAACUGUUUAACCUUCGAUUUUAUCGGUACUUCGACAGACGAGUCGGCCGAUGACUUGUGCACUGUGCAGAUCCCGACCAGUUGGAGACCGGCUUUCCUGGAUUUCGCGACCUUGAAGUUAUUCUUCGACCUGUAUCAUUCGCUCCCUACCACUCUGUCGUCGUUGGCCCUUUCAUGCCUGGUGCAGAUAGCUUCCGUCAGACGGUCUCUUUUCAGCAAUACGGAGAGGGCUAAGUUUCUGACGCACCUAGUGAAUGGCGUCAAGCACAUACUGCAGAAUCCCCAGGGCUUAAGCGAUCCUCCCAAUUAUCACGAGUUCUGUCGCCUGUUGGCCAGAUUGAAGUCGAACUAUCAACUGGGGGAGCUGGUUAUGGUCGAGAACUACCCCGAGGCCAUACAGUUGAUCGCCAAGUUCACAGUCGAGAGUUUACAGAUGUGGCAGUUCGCCCCCAACAGCGUCCAUUACUUGUUGAGUUUAUGGCAGAGAAUGGUGGCUUCUGUGCCGUACGUGAAAGCCACCGAGCCCCAUCUUCUAGAAACUUACACGCCGGAAGUGACCAACGCCUAUAUCACGUCGAGACUGGAAUCCGUGGCCGUGGUCGUUCGCGACAACCUGGAGGACCCCCUCGACGAGCUGGGCAUGGUCCAGCAGCAGCUCGAACAGAUCUCCGUGAUCGGCAGAUGCGAAUACCAGAAGACGUGCACUCUGCUGGUGCAGCUGUUCGAUCAGGCGGCCAGGGCUUAUCAGGAUUCUCUGGGAGAUCCCUCGCAGCAGAUGGAAAUCACGAUUCAAGAGGGUCGUCUAACGUGGCUAGUGUACAUAAUCGGAUCGGCCAUCGGGGGCAGGGUGUCGUUCAACAGUAACGAGGAGCACGACAACAUGGAUGGGGAGUUGGUCUGCAGGGUGCUGCAGCUGAUGAACCUGACGGACGCCCGAUUGACCCAGGGCGGCUGCGAGAAGAUAGAGCUGGCCAUGCUGAGUUUCUUCGAGCAGUUCAGGAAGAUAUACGUGGGUGAUCAGGUUCAGAAGAAUUCCAAGGUCUACAGGAGGCUGUCCGAAGUGUUGGGUCUCAACGAUGAAUCCACGGUUCUCAGCGUUUUCAUCAGAAAAAUAAUAACCAACCUGAAGUAUUGGGGGCAGAGUGAACAAAUCAUCAGCAAGACGCUGCAACUGUUCAACGACCUAUCGAUAGGUUUCAGUUGCGUGAGAAAACUGGUGAAAUUGGACGAGGUUCAGUUCAUGCUCAACAGUCACACCAGCGAGCAUUUUCCCUUUCUGGGUAACAACGUUGCAGUCACCGAGAUGCGAUGCAGAUCCAUAUUCUACACUUCCCUCGGAAGGCUGCUGCUGGUGGAUUUGGGGGAGGAUGAGGAUAAGUUUCAUACCUUCAUGAUUCCGCUAACGGCGUCUUUCGAGAAUAUUGGAUCUAUGCUACCGCCGCCGGAUACGCCGCCUUUCGACACGUCGUCGUUGUUCGUUGGCGCCAAGAAGGCUCUCAUUGGUUUAGCGAGAGACUUGAGGGGUCUGGCCUACUCCUUCAACACUAAAACUUCGUAUAUGAUGUUGUUCGACUGGAUAUAUCCUAAUUACACGCCGAUAUUACUUCGGGCGAUAGAAAUCUGGUACCACGACCCUCAGGUGACGACUCCCAUCCUGAAAUUAUACGCCGAACUGGUUCAAAACAAAUCUCAAAGGUUGCAGUUUGACGUUUCGUCGCCAAACGGAAUUUUAUUAUUUAGGGAAGCAAGUAAAGUGAUAUGUAGUUAUGGUAGUAGAAUAUUGACGACGGAAGUUCCAAAGGAUCAAAUUUACCCUCUGAAGUUGAAGGGUAUCUCGAUUUGUUUUCUGAUAUUAAAAUCGGCCCUGUGUGGGAAUUACGUAAAUUUUGGAGUGUUCAGACUGUACGGUGACGAGGCUUUAGACAAUGCGUUAAACAUGUUCGUUAAAUUGUUGUUAUCUAUUCCACAAUCGGAUUUACUGGAUUAUCCGAAACUGUCCCAGACCUACUAUAUACUCUUAGAAUUCCUAGCUCAAGAUCACAUGAGUUUCUUGGCCACGUUAGAACCGCAAGUUUUUUUGUAUAUCCUUUCUUCCAUCUCAGAAGGCCUCACUGCCUUAGGUGGGACACUAAAUCUUUAUACAGAUACGAUGGUGUGUACAGGUUGCUGUGCCAUUUUAGACCAUAUUGUAACAUACUUAUUUAAGCAAUUAACUCAAAAAGCUUAUCCAAACAAGAAGGCGAGGAUAGGGAUGACUCCAAACAGUGAUAUGUUUUUAAAAGUUUUGGAGAUGCAUCCGGAAAUUCUUCAACAAAUUUUGAGUACUGUUUUGAAUGUGAUAAUGUUCGAGGACUGUAGGAACCAAUGGUCGAUGUCCAGGCCUCUGUUAGGAUUGAUAUUACUCAACGAAGACUAUUUCAAUCAGAUGAGGGAGAACAUACUGAGGAGUCAGCCUCCAGACAAACAGUCGGCGAUGGCGCAAUGGUUUGAGAAUCUUAUGGAUGGUAUAGAAAGAAAUUUAUUAACAAAGAAUAGAGAUAAAUUUACGCAAAAUUUGUCCAUGUUUAGGAGAGACAUCAAUGACUCGCUCAAGGGUCCAAAUAUUAGUUCUUCUGUCAUCGACAUGAUGACGUCAUAGUGAAACGCCAUUUUCGUAAGGGGACAGUUGAGAUAAAUGAAGUACAAGUGUAGUGAGAAUAACUGAAUUCUUAUGUUAUGCAGGUUUUGUUGCAUUUUAAUUGAAUAAUAAUUCUCAUUGUGUUGUGAUGUUUGAAUGUGUGGAUAACAAUUGAUUGUUGGAUGCUUGGAACGUUUUAUAUUUAUAUUUACAUCAGAAUGUAAAGAUUUGAUGAAAAUUCUAUGAUGAAGUCAACAAUAAAGAUUUUGAGUAUAUAA